CGGCCUGGUGGCGGCGACGAGCGGAGCCUAGCAGUGACAUGGCGGUGCCGGGCGGAGGUGUGAAGGAGGACUCGUUCAACGUGCUGGACCUGGCAGAGUACACCAAGAACCGGCCCUGGUGGCGCAAGGUAUUCGCCCCCAGCUCGGGGUCAAGCACCGAGAAAUACAAUGUGGCCACGCAGCUGGUGAUCGGAGGGGUCACGGGAUGGUGUACUGGAUUCAUCUUCCAGAAAGUUGGAAAGCUGGCAGCAACAGCGGUGGGAGGUGGCUUUUUCCUACUUCAGAUUGCAAACCACACAGGAUACAUCAAAGUGGACUGGAAGCUAGUGGAACGGGACGUGAACAAAGCCAAGCAGCAGCUGAAAUUUCACAGCAGUGGUAACAAAAUGUCUCCAGAAGUGAAAAGCAGAGUGGAUGAGGUGAUCAUAUUUCUGAAGAAGAAUGUUAUCCUGACUGGAGGGUUUGCUGGAGGAUUCCUGCUCGGAAUGGCAUCCUAGAAACUGCUCGACUCUCCCUUCAUGCCCAGCCUCCCCUGCCCUCCUCUACUGCUGUUCUCUCUCACUUAGAAGUCAAAGGAUGUUGCUGACAGGCUCAGUCCCUUCUGCUCACAGGUUCCAGUCCUUAUUUCUUACAACGCUGCUUCUGAUUUCCAACUUUUUCCUCUGGGCUGUUAGGGUGCUGGGAUCAGUCUGAAAGCUUAUGACUCCCGGUGUAUCACUGUGAUUCCUUUCCCCACCAAAUAUGCCCAGUCCCUAAUUUUCUCAUGAGCUGCAGCCUCGUAAACAUGUAGUGGCAGAGAAAUCUCUUAAAUGCGCUUCUUCCCAGGUGCUCAGGGCUGUUACAUGUACAUUUGUCUGCUAGUGUAUGUGUACAACAGCUGUCAGCUGUUCACCGCUAUUUAGCUUGCACUUUUCUGCCCCAGUACCUGGAAAGCCUGUUCUUCCCUCUGCAGAGAGAUGGUGUGUGAAAUCCAAAAUGUGCUUGGCUGUCCUGGGGUGGAUGCAGAAGUGUCAGGGAACAGCCUGGGCUGUGUCCAGGGCAGAAGGGUAAGGAGCAAGUUCAUACUAUAUGUGGUGCUGGGGGUUCUCCUGCCCUCCCACUGCCAUUGCACUGCACGUAGAUGGCUGUUUGGCUUCUCCUCUGCUGUUAUUUGAGCCCCUUACUGGAAUUGCAGCACUGGCACUGCUGGUGGAAACUGAGUACCGUGGGUGACUCUCCAGGCGCUUUCCUCAUCAUGUGUUCUGAAAGUCACCAAGCUUCCUGCACUGUAGAGCGCCUUUUUCACUUGCUAGCUGAAUGCUCAGCCUUUGAAAUGUGCUGAGGCGCUCUCUUGUGGUGGGCAGGCUUCCAGCAUGCUUGACGUGUCUGUGUCAGGCUAGCUGGCUCAGGCAGUGUGCGUUUCAGCUGUGGCACUUACUGUAAAUCACGUUGGGCCUCAGACUGAUGUUUAGGUUUACCAUGACCUUCUCUGGCCACUUCGGUGUUGGUAAUGCUCUUAGAGCUGUAACCGUGUGGGACAGGAUUGUAGACAGGAAAUGCAUCCCUGUUUAGGGUACAUUGUACUGGGCCAGGGUCCCUGUUGCCAGCUCUGCUGGAGUGGUGGUGGUGGAGGUUGUAAAAAUCUGGAGUGCAGUCCUUCACCUGCCUCUGCAGAGCACAAACUCCAUCUCCCUGGUCUCUGCAAGCAACUGAAAUGACAAAACUGUUGCGAAAACCAGGUUGUGCUCUUGUGGGAGUGGCUCAUUUCCAUACUUUCUGCCUUGGUUAUGUUCCUUCCUUCUUUGUGUUUACCAUUUCCACACAAAAAGCUGCUUGCUUAAUUCCAUCAGCUGCAGCCCUUCUCCUACAGGUGAUGAGGCAGCCCAGAUACAGAGCUGAGCUGUUUUUUGACAGUCUGUCCCAGUGCAGCUGUGUUCAGAGCAGAACUCUAACCUACAAGAGAAAAUUACAAAAAUAAAAAAAAAAUCCCUUAGAGUUGUUUUGCAUUGGCUGUGCUGGGCUGGCAUUACCACUUUCCAGAGUGCAGGAGCUUGCAUGAUGGCGCGGUGAUGUCCUCCAGCAGGUCCAUGUAGGAGUUCUGGCCAAGAAUGGUUUUUUUAAUGUGAAAGUCAGCCCAUCCUUCAAUGGGAAACAUGCUAGGGAAUGAUGACAUGCAUGGGUGAUCGGGAUGCAGCACUUGACUCAGUGGCUGCACCCCAUCGCCAGUGCUGUGUAAUGCCUUUCUGAUCAUCCACUGUUGCUCUCAGUAUGGCUAGAAAUGGAGAUCUUCCCCUGCGAGCUGCUGGAAGAGCUGCAACAGUGGGUUCUUCCACCAGAGGUUUUGGGAUGAGCACUUGCAGCUGUUAAUUUGUUUCGGCUCUGUUGAAGUGUCAGUGUAGCAAUACAUUGAUUUAGCUGAGGUUUUCUCACCUUCAGGAUCUGAAAAGAGGCUGCAGGUAAUCAGGAAACAGAAGUUGGUGUCUUUGCUCCUGUCCUGCCAUACAUGGCCAAGGAAGGAGCAGCUGGGUUCAUGUCCUUUUAAUGGUCUUCCUAAAAGCCAUCCAGGACUGCAGGAGUGAUGUGAUGCAGCAGAUAGGUCUUCAGUAAAUUGGUGUUUGGGAGUGGAGUGACAGAUGAUGAUGGUGGUUUUGGUGGUUUUUUUUUUUUUUUGGUAGGAACUCUGCAGGGCUGAACGUGCAUGAAUUGAUACAUUUGUAUUGCAGGGUGUCUCUUAUUCCUGUAGGAAAACAGUGUUGCUGCCCCUCUGCCUGGUGUGCUGCAUUACACAAAUUCUUCUGAGAUGCAAUAAUCCCUGCAAAGCUUUCUCCAAUGACAAAGCUCAAAGUAAAUAAUUAACAGACCUUAGGGGUGUUUUUCAGGCUCAGAUAAGUCAUUAUUUCUGCCCAGCCCCAGGGAAGGGUGUACUGGGUUCUGCUCCACAGGGUCAUGACUUGCUGCUGUGGAGAGAAAUGGCCCAGAGAGGGAGCUAAAACACCUCAAUUGCUGCUGGAAGGGGAAACAAGUGACAAAUUCAUGUUGAGUUUGAUGUGAAUGCAGGCAGGGAAUGGACAAGGACAUCAGGAUCUGGCAAACCUUUCUGCUGUGCCAGUGUUGGGCUCGUGGCUGGCACCGUUUGAUGCUGUGGGCCCACACUGGAAGCUUUGAUGCUGAAUCAACCUCUGUGGGGAUGCAUUUUCAUUGUUGCAGGUGCCAAGAUGAGGUGUUUCGCCCUUCCCCUCCCCUGCUCUUUUUGGUCUUGUUUCAACAACUUCUGGCAUCUGUUCCAGUAUGAGGAGGUUUAAAACACACUGGGCUUUUAAAGUGUUUUUAUAUAUUGUAUGUAAAUGCUUGUUGAAGUGAUAUUUUAUUAAACAGUUUUGCUCUAAUA